AUGGCCGAGCAUCGUGUUUGGGCAACACCCCAUCCAAACUGGGUAGAUUUCCCUGCCAACCUUCCUCCGAACACCCGCAGAGUACCCAUGACACGCGAGCGUCUUCCUAUCCAACCACAACCCGGUCUAGACAGCGAAGAAUUCACCAUUCCAGCCCGCGAUGAGUACCCAAUCCGGGUGCGAUCCUACAAGCGGUCCAACGCAACCAAUCUACCGCUGCUCAUCUACCUCCACGGCGGGGGAUUCGUCACUGGCGGCCUAGAAACGGACGAUGAGACUUGCCGUGCCAUUGCGGCCGAUAUUCCCAUCUUGGUGCUUAACGUCGAGUACCGGUUGGCGCCGGAGCAUCAGUUCCCGGUAGGGUUCGAAGAUAGUCGGGAUGUUGCGUACUGGGCCGCUUCGCCCAUAGGCCAACAGCAACUCUCGACCGACUUGAACAAAGGAUUCAUCCUAGGCGGCACCUCCGCUGGCGCGAACUUCACGGCCGGGAUCGCGCAUCUAGCAGUCCAAGAUAAGCUUCCUUCAAAGCUGACCGGACUACUCUUCCUGGCAGGCAGCUUCUGCCACCCGGACGUCCGCCCAGAGAAAUAUCGCGAUCGAAUUCUCAGCGUAGACGAGAUCAACGACGCGCCGGGCCUGACGAGGAAAUCAAUAGACUACUUCGCCAAGAAGUACGGCGCACCGCCCAGUGACAAACGCCUCUCGCCGCUCCUCUUCGAAUCCCACGCAUAUAUAGCCCUCCGGGCGGCGUUCUAUAUCUGCGGAUGGGACCCCCGUCGGGACGAGGCUCUUUUGUUCAAUGAGUUGUUGCAGGACGAGGGGAUUCUGACCCGGAAAUAUGUCUACAAGGGUCUACCGCAUGGCUUCUGGACGACAUGUCCAGAUCUCGAAGAGUCGAGGGAAUGGAAACGCGAUUUACUCGAAGGGCUGCGAUUCGUAUUGGCUCAACAGUAA